AUGGUCCAUAAGCAGUGGCAGAGCACACGGCGACAGAAAUUUGCAUCCCCCACACUGCUUAGUUCCCCCUACUUCAAACUACUAGUGCAAGCAAUCUCGACUCGAAAGGCUCUCUUCCCCCCAGACAAGUUUGGCAAGUGGGAAAUUGGCGCGAUCCCGGUCCCGAAGCCAGCUUCGGAUGAAGUCGUUCUCAAGAUCCAGCGCGAGAGCAUCUUCGUGCAGACGUAUCCGUUUGUCAGCGGGACGGAUGCUACCGGUAUCGUCGAGGAGGUGGUAUCCGAUCUUAUCACCCUCAUCAAGGACGACAAGAUGUUCAUUGCGUCCGUUUCUCUUGCUCUUUUUACUGCUGUCACGGGCAUGUACAACCACGACCUACAAGCGGCGUCUGUUGGCUUCCUCCAUGGGACAGUACGCAAAGUCAGCAUCCUGAAGUUGAUUGCUUGCUCUCAGGAGACUGCCUAG